GAACAAAAUCCUUGCUACAAGAGAAUAAAGUAUUGACUGAAGAAAAUAAAAUUACUCGAUACUUGGUUAGAGCAAAGUUAUAUUGCAUGGAUCAGGAGCAACAAUGGAAAGAACGAGAAGUUGAAAUUUCGAAGAAAAAUCCCUGCGGCUAG